AUUUUGUAUUCACAAUCUACGGUUGGACGUAUUAUUAGCAGAUCCAUUUAGAGAACAUAGGAGACAUUUCAAAUAAUACUUGUUGAAGCAGUCCGUUACUGCUGCCGUAACAUAGUGUUAGCCAAGUAAAGCGAGUGCUAGAAGAAGCCACAAUAAAGUCACUUGUAUGAAAAUAAGUAGGACGGUGUCUGAGAAAGAAUGGAUGUUGAAGAGAGGAGUUAUGGUGGCUGUGAGGGCCCAGAUGCUAUGUAUGUAAAGCUGAUCUCUUCAGAUGGUCAUGAGUUUAUUGUUAAGAGAGAGCAUGCCUUAACCUCGGGCACAAUCAAAGCUAUGCUGAGUGGACCUGGUCAGUUUGCUGAAAAUGAAACCAAUGAGGUCAACUUCCGGGAGAUCCCAUCUCACGUUCUCUCCAAAGUGUGCAUGUACUUCACCUACAAAGUUCGUUACACCAACAGCUCAACAGAAAUUCCAGAAUUUCCCAUUGCCCCUGAGAUUGCUUUGGAACUGCUCAUGGCUGCAAACUUCCUAGACUGUUAAAAUGUAAAGGGAACAUGUAUUAUUCUAUGAUGAUCUUGCAUGCCAGUUAUACAUGUAUCUGUGUUUAUGAGUGUGUAUUUAAGUAUUGUUCUUUUGAAUCUUUGCGGUUUUAUGUGAACAAUAACAGUUUGUUUGUUCUUUGAAUGGAUAAUUUGUUUUAGUGUUUUAAAAUGUUCCAUGUCUUUAUUAUUUUGUAUUUGCUGUUGCAAUUGGUUUAGUCAGCAGGAAUAAACAUGAAUGAAACUAA